AAAAGUCUCAAUGGACUGCCUCCUGUCAAUAAGCCAGUGGAGCAAUAGAGCAAUAAGCCAUGGGAUGCUCUCCUUGUCGUCCCUUGGGCCGUCGCCUCGCCGCCGUGCUUCUAUAUGUUCGAGUUGCUCCCGUUGCCAUUGCCAUCACCAUCGCCAUUUCCAGACUCUGACUCUGUCUCUGUCUUCUGCAUGCCGCUGCCUCUUCACUGUCUCACUGCCUUUGGAGCCAACAAGCCCGGCUCGACUCGGCCGUAGAGUCUGCUGUAUCAGCCUGUCCCGGACCCGCCAUCGAGGUCCUGGGAAGACCGACGACACCCAACACGCUUUCUCCUCAUCAUCCCCCUUCCCCUUCGUCUCUUCCUUCUCCCUGACCGGUAUAUCGUCGCCAUGGCCUCGCCAGCGAACGGCACAAACUACCACAACAAGUGGGCCGCUUUCGGCUUCACAACGACCCCUGAAGAGCGUAUCGGACCCGGGCCCCCUUACACGCACCCUGCCCUGCAGGUCAACCUCUUCUUCCGCGUCUUCCUCGGCUUCCUCUCUCUCUUCGUCACCUGGGUGCCCGCGCGCCUGCUCUGGAGGAACGGGGAGUUUGCCGGCACCGUCAUGUGCGUGACGCUGCUGAUCAUCAACGGCAUGACCCUCAUCAACGCCCUGAUCUGGCGCAAUGACAACGUCGAGACCUGGUGGGCCGGCUACGGAUGGUGCGACUUCCAGGCCUACUUCCAGUUCGGCCUGCACACGGCCUUCAACGUCAGCAUGUUCGACAUCAUGCGCUCCCUCGCCGGCAAGGUCGCCCUCAACCGCGCCGUUACCCCCACCCCCCGCGAGCGCCGCCGCCAGCGCAUCGUCUCGGCCCUCGUCAUCUUCACCUUCCCCGUCAUCCAGGUCCUCCUCACCUACUUCGCCACCAUCGGCCGUUACAACGUCUCGACCCUGGCGGGGUGCAGUCCCGUCUACUACCCCAACUGGCUCUACCUCGUCUUCUACAUCCUGCCCACCCCUGCCUACGCCGUCGGGGCCGGCAUCAUGGCAGGUGAGUUGAAGUAGCAUCCGAAGAUCCUCUCUUCCCUUCCCCUGCAGUGAUCCAUUUGUCUUGGGCACCCCUUCAACUGACAAACGCUCAGCCGUAACCUUCUACCGCUA